AUGGCUUCCGCAUACUCGGAGUCCGAGCCAGUUCUGGUGUCCCGUCUCUCGAAGGCGGGUUUCGAGCAGGCUGAGCGCGAUCUCAUCCUGAAGCACGUUAAGAGCUUGAAGCAGUUGGCCUUCGUGAGCUCCUUUGCUCCGGGGGCUGCGGACGAAGGUCCGUUGAUCGAGGCCCUUAAGACGAUGCUUGGAAAGGACCCAGAGAUGAAUCAGAAGGCAGCUUUCAGAGCAGUUUUCCAUGAGGCAUAUGCCAUUGUCACUUCGGAGAUGCGACAGCAGGUUGAAAGGGUCGAGGAGCCGACAGUUCGUCAUUUGAGUCAGCCCGAGAGGGCUGAGAGAAUUGAGCGACAGCGUUCACAGUUGACUGGCAUCACGAUAAAGGGUUCCUCGGAGCCAUCAGAGGCCCUGGUCGACCUUUGCGUCGGUCAGUAUGAGGCCAAUGUGAUCCAGUAUGUCCCUUGGUCUAAGUGCACGUCGCGGGAACAGGAGCUCCUGGGCGACGGUAAGAAGGACCUGAAGCUUUCGAUAGACGGCGAGAGUGGUAAGCUCAAGGUAGAGAACAAGGCCAAGGAUCAGGUGGCUGACACGUCCACUGAAGUGAUGCUUCUGCAGGCUCUGCAGAGGCGUGCUCUCGCAUUCGAUCAGGCUAACAUUGUUUCUUUCACGAAGCUUGACAUGUGGCAUCAAAAGUUGAUGAAGGCGAGGCUGACUACGCCCCCGCCGGGUUACCAGCAGGUAACCUUCGCUCAGUUGCAAAAUGCAGACUCGAGGCUCUUUUUGGAGCUUCAGGACCAUACGCGCACAGGCAUUCAGUCGGAUGCCAAAGGCCGUCCGAUCGAUGGGAUCAUAGAUUCUGUCAGCUGCAUGCAUGAGGUGGUUUCGCUGAUGCAGCCGCUCCAGGGCGGCCCCUCGUCUUCGUACGGUCCCAGUGAGCCUGCUCGUCUGCGAGAGUCGCCGUACAAAGGUAAGGGCAAGGGCAAAGAUGGCAAAGGGAAGAAGCGCUUCGUUGCCAUGCCAAGCGAGCUUCGUGGGUGCAAUUCGCACACCGCGAAAGGGCACCCGAUCUGCUAUGCCUUUAACCUGGGGUCAUGCCCGAACAAGGUGACCGGCAAUAAAUGUGAGAAGGGAUUGCACAUCUGUGCAGUCCCCAAGUGCGGCAUGAAUCACGCCGCUGUCAAGUGUCCCAAGAAGCCGAAAGAUGGCGAGCAGGCGGGGUCUGGGGGUGGCGAAGGCCAUUCUCGAGCAAUCCAGCAAGUGAUUACGGCCCAUCCCGAAGGGGAUGAGCCUCUUUUGAGUGCGCCCGAAGGGGCCCAAGCAGUGCCGUUUGAAGGGCAAGGAUCGAAGCUUGAUCCGAAAGUGCAUGCGGACUCUUAUGCUGAGGAGCUUCUGUCUUUGGGCAGGGAUCCCACGGCCCAGGAGUUAAUUCGUUUGUUUGACAUGCUGCCUCAGGAGCCGCUUUUGAGCAAUACUCGUAACGAUGGAGCCGUGGCCUUCUCGACUGGUGCCUAUGUGAAGGGGCCGCUGCUCGGUCUCAGGAGCAACUGCAACAAGCAUCCGGCGGCUUCGAGGGUUUUCGCUCAGGCAGUGCAACGCGCUGCCCCAGGGAUGCAAUUUUCUACUCUGAGUGUGUUUUCAGACCUUAAGACGGAGCCUCAUGUCGACCGCUUCAACUCUCCUUUCCCGAACAUUCUUGUGCCACUCAGCAAUUUUCGGAAAGGCGAGGUCUGGGUCGAGUCGGCUCAGGGCGAUUUUCCUCUUGAGGUCGAUGGUGUUACGAAGCGUGGCAUCUUGAUCGAUCUGGCCUCCGGACCGAAGGCCUUCUAUGCUUGCAGCCAUGUGCACGCUACACGGCCGUGGAGCGGUCGACGCGUGGUCAUAGUUGGGUUUUGCGUUGCUAGGGUCCAGGAGCUUGAUGUUGACUGUAGGGCGCGGUUAGCUGAGCUGAGCUUCCCUGUUCCCAAAACGGCGCCCAACUUUAGUCCGGAUUUGAUCGAAGUCGGGGGAACCUUUCAUGACCUCCGAAGUUCUCAAGUGGAUGAGGCAUGUGAUGCCCUCCCGGCGCAACUGCAAGUCGCUUCUUUGCUGUGCCUUGACCUCUUUUGCAAUGCAGGUGAGUUUGGAGCCUCCUUGAGGGCCGCCGGAUUCGAUGUGCUCGCGGUCGAACAACCGUUGUACUCGCUAGGAGGGUCGUCUUUGUGCUUGCUGCCCCCCACUGUGGCCGCUUCUGCGGGCGAACUUCCAGCAGGUUUUGCCCAGGUGUCGUCCGAACUCAGCUCUUUCUUGGCUUUCCUCGCCACUCUUGAUAUCGGGUGGUGCGUCUUGAAUCCGCUGAACAGCCGACUGUGGUCGACUUUGGCUCUGCCUGCCUCGCAAGCUGUGAAGUUCGACCUAUGUGCCCAUGGUGGCGAGCAGCACCGCCAGAUGCUGUUGCAUACUAACGUCCAGCCUUUAAGCGCUCUCGCUGUGUCGGCCGACGACAAUCAGGUUUCCAAGGUGCCGCCGCUCAUGCCCGAAUACAAGCAUCGGGUUACUUUGCAGAUUCCGUCCAUGGUGGUGCCUGUGCAAAGGGGCGAGGGUUAUGGUGUUUGCUCUGGAGCCCGGGUCAGGGCCCAGCCGGAUCGAGCAGCUCACAGCUCAUGGAAAGUAACGUUUUCAGUUUGCCGGAAAGUUUUGACACCGGCGACGGUGGCCUUGGCCGCCACGGUUCGAGGGCUGCCAGAAACAAGCUGCCCGCUGCCCCAAUGGCUGGUGCUGUAUACAGUGCUUGUGAAGGAAAGUGAGCAUGCUGAGAUCACACAUCUGUGCCGUGCCACAGAUGUGUUUGAGAAUUGGAGCAAUGCGACCCCAGCAGAGCUUCAUGAAAUCCAGCUUUGGAGCGGCUACGGCCAAAGACAGAGGAAGCGUGACCGUGAUAGGCAAGCUCAGAAAGAGUUUUUUUGUUUCGUGCUGGAUCGUUGCUUUCUGCUCCGGUCGCCGGUGCGAUUGAAACGGGAGCAGUUUCAAGGCAGGCAGUUGCAGCGUGUGUCUCGUCCGACCUAUGAGGUGUACAAGCUUUUGAGUGAAGAGCCAGGGCAACACUUGAUGGCUUGUCCUUCUGGGGGAGAUUUGCUCCCAGAGUUGAAGCGGGAGAAAGGGUGGUUGGUGCAGGUCCCACGGGGCCUGGCCGUUCUGUCUCAGACACAGGCAGUGGCCACACCACUGAAUCUGUGGAUGCCGGGGAGCAUGAUGGCAGGCUUGCACGUUCAGGCCAGAUGGAACAAAAGCAUUGUGCGUUUGAGCUCCAUGCAGGAGAUACAAAUCGUCAGGUUAAACUUCGCCAUGCAGAAUGCCAAGGACAUUCCUGUCGUUGUGAGCUGCGUGGCCCGUUUCCUGGAGCCGAAGCUAGGGCCCUUCGACCCUGAAGCUCUUCAGCAGAUGCUUGAGUCUGUGCCUGGUAAGUACAAACUCCACACCCAAAUGCUUCGCCUGGAUUGGCUUCACAUGCACCACAGAAGAUGUCUGAUGGCAGAGCAAGCCCUCUGUUCUCACACGUCUGUCAGCAGAUUCUUGAGCAUGGAUGCCAGCCCCCAAGGGGGGUACGAAUACUUGGCAAUGACAGAGGAAGUUCUUGUGAGAAAGUUGCCGUUCAUGCCACCGGCAGACCCAUUUAAAGGUUUCUCACACGAAUUUAGGUUAAUGCCUGUCAUGACUUUGGCCAGAGGAGAGGCCAGGACAUUUGUCAAGGCCCAAAGGUUGAAGUCUGCAAUAAUCCUGGAGGCUGGAGAGCCUCAUUUCCAGCUUUACAGGAAACAAGUGAAGGGCUGGGUUUCAGAUCAAGGAACGGAGCGAUUGAUACCGGAAUGGCCCAUAGGCGACGAGGCUGCCAUGAAAUCCUUAGCAGCAUCCUUGAAGGAGGAGGCCACCCUAGAAAACCUGGCUGCUGGCACAAGUGAAGCCUUCCUUUUCAACAGCCUGAAGCAUCCAGGGAUCCUCCACGUGCUCUUCAAUUCACUUGAAGAGUGCUGCAAAGGGUGCCCAAGGUGGGAUGCAGUCGAAAAGCAGGUGUCUGCCGUCUCGAAGCUUUUGACGAACAGAAGCUAUAAGGAGAUCGUGGUUUCAGUCAUGCUGAAGCAUGCCAGCGGAGAGCACAGGCGGAUUGUUCAACGAUACCAUGGUGAACUGCUGUCCUGGCGGUGGGAGAGUCUCCAUGUAACGUUGAAGAACUACUUGGAGGUCAGGCCGAUUCUGUUGGAGCAUUGGGAUCGUUCUCUUUUGUCGUCCGAUGCUGCUUUGUGCGACAUGGUCGAUGCUGCUCUGAAAGAUCCUUUCCAUCUUGCAUAUGUGCAUUGGGCCUUCAUGUUUGCUUGCUUUGUCCAAGGUUGGGCACAUUGGUUUGAGGGUUGUUUUUGCCACGAGAAGGAACUGCUGGAGAACAAGUCCUCUCGGACUCGGACCACGAUCAAGUGCCCGUGGAAAGGCAAACGAUCUUGUGUGCUCUGUGCAGGCUACAGGGAUGAGAUCACCAACUCGGUCUAUCGUUUGGCUAGCGCCUCGCUCACAGAGGUGCUCCUGGAGCUUCCAGACGAGGUGGGUGCUGCAAUGGCCUUGAUGGACCAGAAAGCCCGUGACAAAUGGGCUUCCAUUGUCAAGGGAAAACUGGACUAUCUAGGUCAUGUUCCUCAUCUGCUUGCGGCCGGGUUUGCCCAUCAUGCAAGACCAGACCUGUAUUCUUUGCAACAAUCCAAAGAUGCUGUUCGAGAGUGUUUCACUCAGUACGAGUCUCUCCGGGGGCAGGGUCGAACCACGGAACUGCUUGAGAGUUUGUUUCACAGAAAAGGAGAUGCAGGAUUGGCUGAGCAGUUAUGGAGCUUUUGCGAAAGCCCCGCGGACAAGGUGCUGGAGGACUUUCCCCUGGCAUUUGCUGAAAUCCAAGAUCGCUCGUUCUGCCCCAUGGCGGAACGAAGCACAGAGCGACAGCACGUGCUGAUCAAAAUAGCUUGCCGGAGGACACUUCGACAUGCUGGGCCAGCAAUGACAUGUGCACGGGCCCGCAGGAGCCAGCUGCAGAGUAUGAUCGACACUCCUAAGGAGUGUAGUUUCUUGGAAGCCAACUGGGGUUCCAAAGGGCUGGACCUGGAACUGCUUUCGCACAUCAUGCCCAAGGCCGAAUGCAUGACCAAGACCCGCAGCUACCGAGUUGCUCGCAUCUACGGCUAUCACGAAGAAGACCAAUUUCUCGACCACCAGGCUGAUGAAGAAGCAGCUGCGAAAGCCUUGCAGGAUAGAACACAGCUGGCACUCCAGGAUGCGGCUGAGGACGAUGCAUCAGGAGUCAAGACUUUGGAGAAAAAACAGUGGAUGAUAGUAGACUACCUGAAGUCCCAAUUGCAGAGUGGCAUCUUGUUCAGCUUGCCUGAAGGCCUUUUCCGGGCCAUGUUGGCAGGGCCCCCCUCAGAGGACUCUGAGGCUGUGCAUCCAGAGAUAUGUUUGGAUUUGGAAAGUUUUGCUGAGGCUUUGCUGCCCGAGGACAAUCCAGACGUAUCUGCCGAGGACUUGAUCUACGGCUAUGUGGUGGAUGCGAGGCCUGAGAGAAGAACACAGAACAAGGCCCUGGCUCAAGAAAGCCACAAGGGUUUUGUGCAUGUGCUCCGCUUCACUGCUGUUGAUCUGCAACAGCCGGCCGUGCCUCAUGUGUUGUACAGCAACACAAUGCAACACACGUUGGAUUUCGCAAAGGUAGCAACUCCGGCCAUGCUGAAGUUGUUGUCCUCGGAACUGCGUGUUUGGACGGCAAAGGCAACUUCGGUUAAAGUGCAGAUCAUGCCCCAGGCAGGGUCUUCAGAUGCCCUUGUGCACGACGGCCCUUCUGCGGCGCUCAGAUUGCCUGCCUUCGUCACAGACGAUGACAUGCUGGAUGAUCUGGCACGUGAGGAUGGAGUUGUGUCGCUUCAGCAUGCAGCAGCAGGGCCGCAAGCCGAAGCUGGCAUUCUCCCAGACAACCAGCAAUCCUUGUUGCAGGGUCUUCUUGAAAGGCGUGCACUGGGUGAAAACUUUGUUGAUGUCAUUCAGCUUCCGCAUUACAAUGCGGAUGCAUGCAGGAGCCUUGUAGACAAGGGACUUGUCCAGGCUCGCGUGGACGAUUUUGGAGCAGUCACUGUAGCAUUGAGCGAGGCCACCAAGGUCACCAGUCGCUUGGCUCUCCGAGACCCAACACCGCUUUGCCAAGAAGAGACGGUCAUGAACAAUGGCCCCGGCAGGAAUAAACUUGCGUGGUUGAAGAUGCUGUUGCAGGAUGGAUGGAAAGCUGCUGCGACCGGUGAUUGGCACAACCGAGGGCAGGCCCUGAACUUGCCCUCAGGUCUCUUGGACAGGCCAGAAAUGCACUUGAAAGCCUUGUGUUUUCAUGUCAGCCUGUGGGAAAAGGGCUUGCUCAAGAUCUCCCACUCAGGCAGUGUUGCCUAUUAUGAGAUGCUUCUGAAAGAAACUACUCUCUCUGCUGUGAAUGACUUCAGUUUAAAGCAAUGCAAGGAGUUUGCUUUCGAGAGAAAGCGGAAAAGGCCAGCACACGGACAGAGUGCUGCGAGACCCGAGCAGGGCAUCUUGCGGCUUUCUUUGGACCUGCCCAGUCUGCCUGCCGUUCCGUGCCGUGUUCCGGGAAUGGCGGACUUGACAGUCCACUUUGAUAACUGGAGUCAUUCAUCCGGUCAUAGACGAGGAUUCAUACAAUGCACACGGCAUGCGAAGUGCCGGCGAUACAGCUUCCUCAAGAGCCAUUGUGACCAGGCCACUUGUGUGGCCUGGCUUCUGGUUUGGUGCCAAGAGGGACACAGAUUCGAGGACACCCGCCAGCAUGUUGCAUUCAACCCAGACCCCGCUUCUGUGUCCCGAAUGAAAGAGAGGCAGCGGCUGGGUGCGUGA